AUCAAAAAUAAAUUUUUCAAAUAUGUUCUACCGUGUAUUUAAGGAAUAAAAAUAAAUUGACCAAUGGCCAUGUCUGAAGACAAACCGGAAAAGAAGUCAAUCGCUUCUAGUGAAGAAGUCGAUUUUCGAAAAAACACCAUGUCUGGGAGUCAAAUUCAAACUGUUUGGGCUGUACUUUGUGAAUUUUCCAAAGAAAGCAGUGUUCAUGGUGUCAGAUAUUUUGCGGAUAGCAACCGUCAUUCGGCUGAAAGAAUAUGUUGGGCAUUUGUAUUUGUAGUGUCGCUAUACUAUUGUGGAAGCAAUAUUCACCAAGUUUGGAUCAUAUGGAACACAAGUUUGGGAAUUGUAUCAUUUGCCGAAAAAUCAACGCCUGUAUGGGCGAUCCCGUUUCCAGCCGUAACCAUUUGCCCACUAACUAAAACCUACGUGGACAAAUUAAACAUGACCGAGGCAUUCCAUACGUUGUUAGCAGGUCAAAAAGACAAUAUGACUGAGGAAGAUUUAUAUCGAACGAAAGCUGUAAUUCAACUUUGUGAAGCACAUUUGGCGGAGAACUUUUUAUUGGGUCAAAAUUUUACGACAAGCGAAAUAUAUGAGAUAAUCAAAGAUGUUGCACCCGACUUUAACGAUACAAUGUUUUAUUGCAAAUGGCGUAAUGAUUUUAUCCCUUGUGAAACUAAUUUUCAACCGAUUCUGACCGGAGAAGGUCUUUGCUAUACAUUUAACUCUCUCAAUUCGCAAGAAAUUUACACAGAUGUGGUGGCCGAUGAAAUGAAGAUCGUAACAAAAAAUCCAAAUGCAACACAUUGGAGAUUAGAAGAUGGUUACAAAUAUGGAAACUAUGUUCAAACAUAUCCAUAUCGAGGGUUGGGCUCAGGAGACAAAGCAGGUCUGUUCACUUUGCUUCGUCUGUAUCAACAAAAUAUGGAAUAUUUAUGCCGUGGGCCAGUACAGGGAUUUAAAAUUGUAUUGCAUACACCAGGUGAAGUGCCACAAAUGUCGAAAGAUUAUAUCAUUGUGCCAAUAUUGCAAGAAGCGAUAGUAUCUAUUAAACCCCACUUGAUUACCACGUCGGAAAGACUACUCCCUUAUUCACCAAAUCAACGUCAAUGCUUCUUUACGUCAGAACGAAAAUUACGAUUCUUCAAAGCGUAUACAAAAAACAACUGUGAAUUGGAGUGUUUGUCCAAUUUCACAAAGCUUGAAUGUGGAUGUGUGCAAUUCUCAAUGCCGAGGGAUAGAAACACGGAAAUUUGUGGCAGCGAUAAAAUAAAGUGUUACAAUGAUGCUGAAGGUAAGUUGCUUGAAAAGAAUUUCAUCAAUAAUGAAAAUGCGGAGUCAGCUCCAAAAGGUUGCAAUUGUUUGCCAUCUUGUACAAUGAUUAAUUACGAUGUUGAGAUAUCUCAGGCCAAAUUCGAUUGGGUUGGUUUAUUCAAAGCAUUUAAGUCUCCAUUGGAUGAAUUCCCGGGAAUGGAACUGGCACGUGUGAAAAUUUCAUUUAAAAGAAAUGAAUUUGUUACAUCAGUACGGUCAGAAGCAAGUAAUUACACAGAUUUUUUAUCUUAUUGUGGCGGUUUGCUGGGUCUCUUCAUGGGCGUUUCUAUACUAUCAAUAUUUGAGAUCAUUUAUUAUUUUACACUUCGCUUGGGGUGUAUGCUUCACAUACUCAAAUCACGCAAACUGAAUGAGAAUGAUGAGGUUGUUCCAGUUGAGUCAAAUAUUCCGAAUAUUAAGGUCGUAACACCGGCAGACGAGAAAAUGGAAUAA